AUGUCAGCGCCGCCGUCGUCCAAUCGCCACAAGCGGUCUGCUUCGAUUGACGUGUCCUCCCUGAUUGCGACGCGGGACGGCAUAGGGCCCGCGAAGGACUACCUGGCGCCAGCGGCCUCACAGUCGCUGGCGGCUGCCAGCCAUGCGCCUCAGGGCCACCUGUCGCCGGAACGUCGGUCGCCCCUGGCGCGAGAUGGCGGCACUGGCACCGGCACUGGCACUGGCAAUUUCAUAAUGGGACAUAAGACCGCACCGCCGGCGUUGGAGGCCUUGCGCCAGAAUCACCCCGGCAUGUCGUUGGCCCAAGCGGCUUUGGCGGAGUUUGAGGAGGAGGUGUUGGAAGAGGGGUAUGAUGAGGACGACGAGGAGCCUGAAGACGACGAGGAUGGCGACGGGGGGGAGAUGGAGCCGGCCGUGGACGAGUCGUUGAAUUCCGCAGCCGGCAUUGAUAGGCUGGGCUCCGUCAUCUUGUCUGUGGCGCUGCCGCUGGCGGCGCAGGGCUCCCUGCAUCGGCAGAUGUACGUGUCACAGCAGCAGCGGCCGCCGCUGACGAUGACGCCCACGCAGCCCCAGCAGCCCCAGCAGCCCCAGCAGCAGGCACCAGCGGCGGGCUGCAGUCCUCCAAACCACAUUGGCCAUGUCCCAUACGAGCCUCAGUACUCGAACGAGCCGUCUCUAAGUUCCAUUCCGUCUCCGACCAAGGACGGCCUGGUCCGCCCCACCUCCGAGACCUCCUACCCUUCGUCUACCAGUGGUGAGGGCAGUGGGUGCUUGGAGAGCGCUGCGGGGCCGGCGUCUGGGCCCGUACCAGCUUUCCCCGCCGUGCAGGAAGCAAACGGCAGCCUGGCCGCUGCUGCCGCCUCCGCUGGUGUUGGCGGGGGCGGGGGCAAGGGUGGGGCCCGGGGCGGGGGGGGGGCCGGGGCCCCGAUCUGGCGGCGGCGAAACGCGUUUGUGGAGUGGGCGAACACGAUGCAUCACGAAAUGGUGGUUGAAGAGCAGCCGCCUGGCGGAAGCAGCGCGAGUGGUGGCGGUGGCGGUGGCAGUGGCAACGGUAGCGGCAGUGGUGUCCCUGGCGGAGGUAUGCCUGGACAUGGCAACACGGUGGCAGGCGGGGCAGGCGGCACAGAGCAGCACGCGUCAUCAUCAUCGGGCUACAAUGUUCCCUUGGCGCUUGCGGCGGACACGCUGCCACCGGAGGGUGUGCAGUUCCAGUAUGCGCCGGCAUGGGCAUGCAUGGGGAGUAGGGGUGGUGAGAAUACAUCGGUGCCCCGCACGGGGAAAUGA